AUGGCUACCAAUUCACAAACGCCACUGACCUCAUUUCCACGAUUCCCCGCCCUUCCAACCGAACUGCGCAUCAAGAUAUGGAACGAAUCCUUCAUACCCCGCGUGGUUGAAUUACACUCACAGAAUUUCCCUGAUCUUACCGGCAACUUUCAUCAAUGGGAAUCGAAUAGUAGCAACCCGGCGGCUUUAUCCGUGUGUUUUGAAUCCCGCAUGCUAGCACGAGCUCACUUCACUGUCCUUCUACCCGUCUUUACGCCCGGGUCGAAGUCCGGCGAACUCACGCUACGCGAUCUAUAUUUGAAUCCUGCUUCGGACCUGCUCGCCGUUUUGGGGAGGAUGGACUUUGAGCGCUUGAUAGAUCUUUUCAAGGUGAUCCAGCUACGAGAUCCAGAAGUUCGAGGGCUGCGGCGCUUCUGCUUAUCUCUACGUUCUUGGACGCACUCGUUUCACUUCGAGGCCCAGACCCGUAUGAUAUGGCAGAUGGCUGCGUUCAGCCAGCUGGAAGAGCUCGUGGUACUCAUGUAUGACGAACAACGACCGCCUGACAAUUUUCGAGAUGGCGAAUGCGCCCUCGAGGCCGUGCCGGGAAUGGAUGCGUUCUCUCGGCUCUUUGCAGCCAACUGGCGCCAACUCUUCGGUUCUGCCGAGCUGCGACUUAUGAAUUUGAAGUUCAUACCUGGUCCGGUGUCGUCUGCUGCUACUUAA